UUAAGACGAUGUACUAUAUAAUCAGUCAAGCGUCACACUCACCUCCGCUCCUCCUCUUCCCACCUCCCUCUCUCUCUCUCUCUCGUCUCCUCCGUAAGGAGGCCUAGGGUUUUGCCUCUCCCUCCCAAAUUUCCAAAAUUUCCAGGCCCUUCCAAAUUUGAACUCCAAGCCCUUCUAAACCUGCCACAUUUCUCAAACCUCUGUAGCUUUUGUGAGCAUCCCCCCAAUGGCCAAAACCAGACCCGGAAAAAAAGACGUCGACUCCUACACUAUCAGAGGCACCAACAAGGUCGUCAGAGCUGGGGAUUGUGUGCUGAUGCGGCCGUCGGAUGUGGGGAAGCUGCAGUACCUGGCGCGAAUCGAGAAGAUUGAGACUGACAGCAAGGGCAAUGCUAAGGUGAGAGUGAGGUGGUACUAUAGGCCUGAGGAGUCUAUUGGAGGGCGCAGGCAGUUCCAUGGAUCCAAAGAGCUCUUCUUGUCUGACCACUAUGAUGUUCAGAGUGCGAACACCAUUGAGGGCAAGUGUGUGGUUCACUCGUUUAAGAAUUACACCAAGCUCGAAAAUGUGGGAGCUGAGGACUACUACUGUAGGUUUGAGUACAAGGCUGCUACUGGGGCUUUUACUCCUGAUAGAGUUGCUGUGUAUUGCAAGUGUGAGAUGCCCUAUAACCCGGAUGACCUCAUGGUGCAGUGUGAGGAGUGCAAAGACUGGUUUCAUCCAGCAUGUGUGAACAUCUCAAAUGAGGUAGCCAAAAAAUUGGAGCACUAUAUAUGUUCCGAAUGUUCAGCUGACGAGGAUGUGAAAAAACCUCAGAACUCAGUUUCAGCAUCACUUGCAGAUGAUGUCAAGGUGGACCCUAAGCGCCGAAAGAAAUGACUUAAAUUGCAAGAGGGGAUAUAAAAUGCAGUGCUGCUGUUUGUGUUCUUGUUGGUGCUCUUGGAUUGCUGUCAUGUGGAUAUAGAGUAGGGUUUUCAGAGGGUUUCAGCACUUGUUAUUCAGGAGAUUAGGCUUGUAUUGGAAGUUUGCUUUGUAUCUCAACAAUUAAACCAUUAAACCGUAGAAUCUCUUGGUAUGACAAAUUGCUGUUUGCGACUUUUACUAUCAA